AUGACCAUCCAUGGUGAGAGUAUGUUUAUUUUUGACUUCAAUUCUACUGAGGAUAGAACUAGAGCUUUAGAAAUGGGCUCUAUGUUUAUCUCUAAUAGAUUAUUCAUUGUUAAACAUUGGUCUAGAGUAGUUGAAAAGGAAAUUGCUGAGUUGAAAUCCAUUCCUGUUUGGAUGAACUUUAGAAAUGUUCCUUUAUUUAUGUGGAAUAAUAAGGGUUUAAGUAUGAUUGCUAGCUAUCAUGGGAAUCCUCUAAUGAUGGAUACUCAGACUCUUAACAAAACAAGAAUGAGUUAUGCCAGAAUUUGUGUUGAAGUUGAUGUAAACUGUGAGUUUCUAGACUCCUUCACCUUUACUUUGGGUGGAAAGGAUACAAUUGAAAUCAAGACGAACUAUUCUUGGAAACCACCUAAAUGCAAAGAGUGUGCAGUUUUUGGUCAUGUUACUACAAAUUGUCCUAAGAAUGUUAAGCCAGUUCAAAACGUUGUUCAAAAGUGGGUUCAGAAGCAUACAGUAAAUACCGCCAUUGAAGAUGGUUGGACUUUAAAAUCAAGGCUUGGGGCUAAGACAAAUAAGCAAAUAGCUAGUGGUCAAAGUAAUGUGGUUCCACAAGAAGCUUCCGAAGCUAGCAAUGUGCACUCUCAAGAAGUAAGUGAAGCUGUAGCUAUGGAAUCUGAUCAAGAGCACACUCAUGUUUUACAGGAGAAUAAAGAGAAUUUUCAAGAAGUUUUACAUGUAACUCAGCAGAAGAAUUGUGCUCCUGAAUCUUCUAACUCUGGGUAUAUAUCUCACUUUGAUAAGAUAUGCAUCCUUUCUCCACCAACUAUAAACCUCUUUCCCAAGAUUGCAGAUUUGAAGAAAUCUGCUAGAGGUACUAUUUCUCUCCCUUUAAAUCUUAAAUGA